UCCUGGGGAAAGUUUGGGAGCUUUGGGUGGGCUCCAGAUCCUUCCUGACCCCGCUUUCCCUCGCAGCUUGCAGCCCUGUGGAGCGGCCGUGGGCCCAUCCCAGCCUGGCACCAUGAACGUCUUUGACCGCAGCAUCAACUUUGAUGCCCUCUUCAAGUUCUCCCACAUCUCGGCCUCCACCCAGGAGCACCUGAAGAGGGUCUAUGGCAGCUUCGCCCUCUGCAUGUUUGUGGCAGCUGCGGGCGCCUACAUCAACGUGGUGACCCACCUUUUCCAGUUUGGGCUCCUGACUGGCCUGGGCGCACUGGGGCUCAUGGUUUGGCUCACGGCCACCCCACACAACCGUGAGACCGAGCAGAAGCGGCUGGGGAUGCUGGUUGGCUUCGCCUUCCUCACAGGCAUCAAUCUGGGACCUCUCCUGCAAAUGUGCAUCUCCAUCAACCCCAGCAUCAUCCCCACUGCCUUCCUGGGCACUGCCUCCAUCUUUGCCUGCUUCUCACUGAGCGCCCUGUACGCCCGGCGCCGCAGCUACCUCUACCUUGGAGGUGAGAGG